AUGGCCAAGAGUGGUUCGGGUAUCUUUCUUCCUUUCAUUUAUGUCUGCCUUCAUAGAUUCGAUCAUUCUUUCUUCUUUUUAUUUGAUUUAUUCGCUUCGACUUGGAUUUAUUCCUUUUCUAUACCUGCCAGAUUUGUUUCAAUCUUUCUUUCCUUUCUCUUUCUUUCUUUCUUGCUUUCUUUCUUGCUUUCUUUCUUUCUUUAUGCCUUAUUGUAUGCUAUAAUUCUUUCAUUCUUUUUAUUUAGUUGUAUUGGUUUCGACCUUAAUUUCUUCCUUUUUCUCUGUCUGCCAUAUUUGUUUCGAUAUUUCUCUGUUUUUCUUUCUUUCUUUCUUUCUUUCUUUCUUUCUUUCUGCCUUAUUGGAUUCUUUCCUUCCUUCCUUCCAUCAUUCCUUCUUUCCUUCCUUUGUUUCGAAAUUUCUCUGCUUUUCCUUUCUUCAUCCUUUCUUUCAUUCCUUCCUUCUUUCCUUCCUUCCUUCCUUCAUUUGUUUCAAAAUUUCUCUGAUUUUCUUCCUUCCUUCCUUUCUUCCUUCCUUCCUUCCUUCCUUCCUUCCUUCCUUCAUUUGUUUCGAAAUUUCUCUGCAUUUCUUUCCUUCUUUCCUUCCUCCUUUCUUUCCUUCCUUCCUUCCUUCUUUCCUUCCUUCCUUCCUCUUCCUUCCUUCCUUCUAUCUUUCCUUCUUUCCUUCCUUCCUUUGUUUCGAAAUUUCAAUGCUUUUCCUUCCUUCCUUCCUUCCUUCCUUCCUUCCUUCCUUCCUUCCUUCCUUCCUUCCUUUCUAUAUUAUUUUCUCAUACUCACUCUUCUUCUUCUUCUUCUUCUUCUUCUUCUUCUUUCCCUCGUUCUUUUAAAAACAUUUGAAUCAAUGCUUGGUUGUAUCUCUAACCAUUUCUCUCUUUCCUUUCUUCCUUCUUUUUUCUAUCUUUCUUUUAUUUCCUUGUAUUUGUUGUUUCACCAAUAUAUAUCUGUCUAUCUAUCAUAUCUAUCUCUCUAUCUCUCUCUCUCUCUCUCUAGCACAAUUUUAUUAAUACCACCACACAAUAUCUAUCUAUCUAUCUAUCUAUCUAUCUAUCUGUCUCUGUCUCUUUUGUUCAUAUCUAUCUAUCUAUCUAUCUAUCUAUCUAUCUAUUUGAUUGUCACACCGAUCAUCAGAAAGUCAAAAGUAGCACAAUGCUGUAUGUACGUCUGUGUUUGUGUUACGCUGUUCACAUUAUCUCUGAAAUUUUGGCUUCAUUAUUAUCUAUCUAUCUAUCUAUCUAUCUAUCUAUCUAUCUAUCUAUCUAUCUAUCUAUCUGUUCUUGAAGUCAUAGCAUUGGAUCUGAAACAUUAA